AUGGGUCGGCAUAAAAAGAAUCCAGUCUACUCAUAUUUUAGUAAAAAUAUCGACAAAGAUCGUGCUCAAUGUCUCGUAGAAGGAUGCGGUGAAUCAUUAGUUGGGUUUCAUGCCGGCAAUAUGGAACGUCAUAUGAAAAGUCAGCAUCCUACCGAACAUACAGAAAUUAUCAAAUUAAAAAGUCAAGGACAAUAUGAACCAGCUGUAAAAAAAAUAAGAAUGACCUCCAAUAUUGGCAAUUCAAGUAAUUUAAUACAAAAAAAUUUGAAUGAUAUGUUUGUUAAAAAACAAAUAUCAAUUAAAAUUACGAAACAAAUUAUAAUUGAUGCGUGUGUAGAAUUAGUUACUGUUAAUGGCCGGCCUUUUACAUUGAUAGAGGAUAGUGGUUUCAGAAAAUUAUUAGACCCUGUUCUAGAAGGAUUCAAUGAUAAAUUUGCAAUUAACUCUCAAAACAUUCGGAAUCAAAUUUCACCUGCGGCACAAAAAAUACGUCAAGAGAUAACAAAAAUUGUAGAGAAUCGACUUAUAUGUCUUAAAAUGGACUGUGUAACUAGACACGAUCGCUCUAUCCUAGGAGUUAAUAUCCAAAUAAUACACAAUGAUGAAUUGGUUUUAAAGACUUUAGCUAUGAUAGAACUCAAAAUUAGGCACACUGGAGAAAAUCUUAAAAAUGAAGUUUUUUCUCUUCUUAAUAGAUAUAAUAUUGAUAAGGAACAAAUAUAUACAGUUACAACUGACAAUGGAGCCAAUAUGGUAAAAAUGGUGGAUCUUAUGAGCAAAGAAGAAGAUAUAGAUGAAGAUAAUGGAAAUGAAAUUGAAGAAAAUGAAAGUGAAGAAAAUGAAAAUGAAGCAAAUCCAGUUGAUUUUUCAAAUGAAAUUUUAAACAUUGUAAAUGAAUUAGAUGUACAUACAGGUAACAAGCCAAAUCUAACCUCUUCUAUACGUUGUUCUGCACAUACAUUGCAACUGUGCGUGCUGUCUUCAUUAAAAACCCCAACUAUUCAAAAGCAAAUAAGUAGAGCCAGAAAUUCCAUAAAAAAGCUACGUACACCGAAUGUUCUCAAAUGUAUAAAAGCAUUAAAGUUAAGAAAACCAGUAAUUGAUAUACCUACAAGAUGGAAUUCAACAUAUGAUAUGUUAAAGAGUUUAACAAAUUUAAAAGAUUUUUACUAUGACCAUAGUGAUAUAAUUGAGAUAAAUAUUAGUGAUUAUGAUUGGAAUUGUUUUACAACAAUUUUAACUUCACUUGAACCUGCAAAAGUUGCUACUAUAAAGCUACAAAAUAAUGCAGUUACAUUGGGAGACUUCUAUGGCAUUUGGAUGCAGUGUUAUGCUGAGACAAAAAAAAUUAAUUCUACAAUAACAAAUGCCUUAUGUGUGGCCAUGGAAACUCGUGAAUUAGUACUACUGCAAAAUGAAGUAUUUUUAUCAGCUAUAUAUCUUGAUGCACGAUAUCAAUGUCUACUAAGUGCUGACUGUAAAAUCAAAGCCAUUAAACAUUUAUGUAAAGUAUGGGAAGCUCAAGAAUAUUUAGUAACUAGAAACGGUACCCAAGAUCAACUAUUACAAAAUAAUUCUCCGACAAAUAACGAAGAAAAUAGUGAUAUAGAAAUUGAUGAUGACCUUGAAGAAUUAAUAAAAACCAAAUCUCAAACUCCAGGUGAAGAACCUAGUACCUCACGUCAACCGUGUGAAACUGGAGAUGUGCAAAAAUUUAUCUUAUUAGAGUCAUUUGGUUUAACUCCACGAUUACAUCAUAAGACCAACAUUUUGCAAUGGUGGAUCUCCCAAAAAGAAUCUAAACCUGAACUUUACAAAUUAGCGGUAACAGUUUUAGCAGUCCCAUCUACACAAGUCAGUGUUGAGAGAUCAUUUUCAGGCGUAAAAUUCAUUUUAAGUGAUCUAAGAACUAGCCUUGAUGAAAAUAUUUUAGAAGACAUUAUGGUUAUCCGGGGUAACAAUUAG